AUGGCGCUGGUUGAGGACACCGCGUGGCACCCCGUGAUGCCCGAGGUCAUGGAGAAGUGGAGCCCCACGCAGGCGGCCGUCUGGAAGUUCGUGCUGGGCUCGCCCCUCAAGUGCUUCGCCUCCAUCGGCCACUGGCUGAUCUGGCACUUUGACCUGGGCAAGUACACCGAGAAGCAGCGGCCGCGCGUGCUGGUGUCGCUGGCGGCGGUGGCGGCGUUCGGCCUCAUCGCGCUGCCCACGCUCACCUACUUCACCGGGUUUGAGGGCCUCGUCAAGUACUG